GAUUAAAGCAUGAAUGGGAGCAGCUUCCCGGCCACGAUGGAGAGAGAAGGCGGCUCCGGCUGUGGCGAUCAGGUUUGCUUCCACAUGAGUCCCUGAGGUUCCUGCUGGCAGCUCCAGCAGUGCUCUGCACAAGUGCCCUCCUGCUCCUGGGCUCAGCAGCCGAGGUCCCUCCAAACCUGCUUCUGCAAUGGGUGGGUUGUAAGCACUGGUAAUGAGGAGCUGUGGGCCCAGUCAGUCUUGGAGAUGCCGAAGAGACGAGACAUCCUGGCUAUCGUGCUGAUAGUUCUGCCCUGGACACUCCUAAUCACCGUCUGGCACCAGAGCACCAUUGCUCCACUGCUUGCAGUGCACAAGGAUGAUGGUGGUGACUCCCAGCGUGAUCUCGCUGCAGGCUUGGACUCCAAGGAAUACUGCCUGUCGGACCGGGACAUUGUGGAGGUGGUGAGGACAGAGUACGUUUACACGCGCCCGCCGCCGUGGUCGGACACGCUGCCCACCAUCCACGUGGUCACCCCCACGUACAGCCGGCCGGUGCAGAAGGCAGAGCUGACCAGGCUGGCCAACACCCUGCUGCAUGUGCCCAACCUGCACUGGAUCCUGGUGGAGGACUCGCAGCGCCGCACGCCGCUCAUCACCCGCCUGCUGCGCGACACGGGGCUCAACUACACGCACCUCAACGUGGAGACACCCCGCAAUUACAAACUGCGAGGGGACAUGAGGGACCCCCGCAUCCCCCGGGGCACCAUGCAGAGGAACCUGGCCCUCAGGUGGCUGAGAGAGACCUUUAACAAAAACAACAGCCAGCCCGGGAUUGUUUAUUUUGCUGAUGAUGAUAACACCUACAGCCUGGAGCUCUUCGAGGAGAUGCGCAGCACCCGGAAGGUGUCGGUGUGGCCCGUGGCCUUCGUGGGCGGCCUGCGCUACGAGUCGCCCAAGGUGAACGCGGCGGGGAAGGUGUACGGCUGGAAAACCGUGUUCGACCCGCACCGGCCCUUCGCCAUCGACAUGGCCGGCUUCGCCGUCAACCUGCGCCUCAUCCUGCAGCGCCCCCAGGCCUACUUCAAACUGCGCGGGGUCAAGGGCGGCUACCAGGAGAGCAGCCUGCUCCGAGAGCUCGUCACCCUCAGCGACCUCGAGCCCAAGGCUGCCAACUGCACCAAGAUUUUAGUCUGGCACACAAGGACAGAGAAGCCUGUGCUGGUGAACGAGGGCAAGAAAGGAUUCACAGAUCCCAAUGUGGAAAUCUGACUGUGCAGAGACCAACACCAGAAGAUUUCUUCAUGCACAGCCUGGAAGUUCCUGUCCACAGCAUCCACCCAGCCAGCCAGGCAGGAGCCAGGAUCUCUGCUGGCUCCCACGAGUUUUAGCCUUCUGAAAAACCAAGCAACUCUGCAUACAUGAACUGCCCGGACCCCCUGCCCUUCCUCCUGGACUCGGAGCACAGCAGAGGCUCCGGAGGUGGAGAACAAAGCACAGCAAGCCAGGACUG